AUGUUCCAGAAGCUCAGCAUUUCCUCUCUGAGCAGCUCCGCCGCUCUCUCCGGCGCGGCUCUCCCCGCCGCCUCCGCUAGGGUUUCGUUCGCUCCCACCACCCGCAGCGCGCCGCUGACCAUCGAGGCUGCGCACAAGAAGGGAUCCGGUAGCACGAAGAACGGCCGCGAUUCCAAGGCUAAGCGGCUAGGCGUCAAGGUGUACGGCGAUCAGCCGGCCAAGGCAGGGAGCAUUAUCGUUCGCCAACGUGGCACAACGUUCCACGCGGGCACCAACGUCGGCGUGGGCAAGGACUACACCCUGUACUCGCUAGUGGACGGCCUCGUGAAGUUCGAGCUGUAUGGCCCCGACAAGAGGAAGAAGGUGAGUGUGUACCCGGCGACAGAGGAGAAGCAGGAGAACCCCGACUCGCGGAAGGUGAGGAACCGGGAGAAGUUCCGGCAGCAGAGGGAGAAGAGGCGGGCGCGUUUGGCGGCAGCGGAGGAGGCGUUUAUGUUUGCUGCCGGCUCGCCCCUCAUCUCUAUUGCGUCCGCUGCUCCUGAGGCGGCUGUGGAUGGCGACAGUGUUGUGUGCUAA